AUGCACCAACAUUCGUUUCCAUGGACACCGGCUAAUUUGCAUUUGCCAUUAAAUAGUUUGAACAAUCAACCAACAAGCAUAAUAUUGCAACUGGUAGUUGUUAGACGCCUGGAACAUCUGGAAAGUGAACAACUGCUUGACGAAUGGUUCGCAUGCAACAUGGAGGAUGGGACGAGCAACCACAACAGCCACAAGUGCCCUGCGCAAUAUUGGUACAACCCGUCAAAAAGUUGUUCCUCUCCGUUCUACAAUAUUCUGGAAAGCAUCAGAAACAUGGGCAGAGACAUUCCCGACCAGAUCAAACAAGAAAAAUUGUGUUGCACAACAAUAAGCCAUGAUUUCAGCUCGUCUCCCCUGGGCACACUGCAAGCACAUGUACUUGCUGUUAUAAUGACCAUGACAAUGGUGAUGACGACAACGACGAUGAAGAUGAAAUAA